AUGUCUUCCAAGAACACACCUUCCUCUUCUUCGGAACGAGAUAGAAUUAAAGUUUUUGUGAGAUGUAGGCCUCAUUCCGAAAGUGAAGCUACAGAAGAUCCUUCUUGUAAAUCAUGUCUGGAUAUUAGAGGCAAAGAAAUUAAGGUUUUUCGGUCUGCCUUACCAACGAAAUCAUUUACAUUUGAUGGAAUAUUCGGACCGGAGGCAACUCAAGAGGAAGUAUUUAAUGCUGUUUCAAUUGAAGCGAUUGAUGAUGUUUUUAAGGGAUAUCAUGCAACGAUAUUGGUCUAUGGGCAAACCGGAACAGGAAAGUAUACUCUGAGCAACAUUAUUGAAAAUAAUUCAUCUCAAAACGGUCUCAUACCAAGAAGUGUACAGGAAAUAUUUAGGAGAAUUAAGAAUGAUAAUAACCACGAAUAUUCUGUCAGAAUGAGCUACUUGCAAAUUUAUAUGGAAACUUUACAAGAUUUACUUCAACCAGAAAUUAAGAGUUUGCAAAUAAGAGAGGAUCCUGAAGGUGGUGUCUUUGUAUCUGGAUUAAGUUACAGAGAAAUGGAAAAUUUUGAAGAUUGUAUUAAAUAUUACAAAGAAGGAGAUGCUAAUAGAACCACUGCUCUAACGAAAAUGAAUGCUACAUCGAGUAGAAGCCAUGCUUGUGUAAUUAUUAAUGUACAAAAGAGAGGAAAAUUGAACGGGUCAGAGGCUGUGGAAGGUCUAGACAAAAAGAAAGUAACAAGUGCAAAUUUAUUCCUUGUUGAUUUAGCAGGAAGUGAAAGGCUAAAGAAAACAGAAGCAGAAGGAAUUCGAAAAAAGGAAGCGAACUACAUCAACUUGUCGUUGACAACUCUAGGUUUAGUUGUGCACUCAUUGGAAGCUAAUCAUCCACAUAUUCCGUUUCGAGACUCUAAAUUGACAAGACUGUUACAAGAUUCAUUGGGUGGAAAUGGAAAAACGAGGAUUGUUGUCACGAUCGCUCCAAAUGAAGCCAAUUGUCAAGAAACAGUUGGAAGUUUGUUGUUUGGUGAGCGAGCAAUGAAUGUAAAGACAACAGCUAAGAUUAAUGAAUCAAUAGAUUACAAAGCAUUGUGUGUUAAACUUAAGGCUCAACUCGAAACCUUGGAAGGAAAAUACAACGAACUUGAGGAAGACUAUCUUGACGUCACACAUGAAAAUGAUAAAAUGGACAUGGAAAUUGAGUCACUCAUCGAUGAGAACAAAAGUUUGAAAAAACAGAUAAAGAUUUUAGAAAAAGAACAAAUCAAAGAAAAGGAGAAAAUUGUAUCUUUAAUGAAAGGAGAUUUAGCAGAUUUGGAAAAGCAACAUGAGUUACAAAUUAAGGAGUUGAACCAAAGAAUAGAUGCAAUGGCAAUAGAAUUUGCCCAGGAAUAUGCUGCCAAGGAACAAAAAUUAACAGACCUUAUCAACAAAAAAGCAAGCGAAAUCGAUCGAUUGGAGACAACUCUGGUUGAUAAGCAAUCUGAUAUUGAUGCCAUGGCAAAGAAAAUUCAAGAUUUACAAGCUGAAAUUGAGUCUUUAACUUCCGUCAAUGAACAACUCCAACAAGACCUAGAAAUCACAGUGGAGCAAUAUGAUAAACGAGAGAGCGAGCUUGAAAAUAUACAAGAAUUAAUAGAAACCUACGAAAAACAAGUAUUUCUGUUGAAAGAAAAUAAUUCUCGACAACAGGAUGAGUUUAACACAGAACGGAGUGAACACAAACAAUCCAUUAUGAUACUUGAGCAUGAAACGGAUCAACUUAAACUAACUAUUAAGGGGCUUGAACAAGUAAUCAAGGGAAUGGAAACAAAGUUCGCCUGUGAGAAACUCCAAGUUCAAGACGAGAUCGAGGAGUUGAAAAAACGAAAUCUUCUUUUGACUUUGAGCUUGGAAGAGUUGACCAAUGAGAAUACAAAGCAGCAAAAGGAAUCAUCAAACGAAAAAGCCGAGCUUCAAAAGCAGAUUUUUACACUUCAACAAAACAUUGGUGAGCUAUCAUCUCAAAACGUUGCUCUAAACUCUGAAAUCAUCAAUCUCAACAAUUACAUUCAGGAACUGCAACAAAAUGCUGGAAAAUUAGGCGAAGAGUGGGAUCAAGAAAUGAAUAAUCUCUUGAAAAUUAUUCAUGUUCAAGACAAGGUAAUUCGUAACUCUCAAGAACAAUUUAAGCGCAAUUUGAUUUAUCAAAUUUACAACGAGAAAAUAAUAGAGGGCAUGACGAAACACAACCAGUCUACUGAAAUGAUGUGUAUGGAGUUAAAGCUUCGUCUCGAACAAACAGAGUCUGAAUCUGAUCUCUUGCGACAAAAGCUCGAAGAAGUUUAUUUAAAAUCCUGUGAAGUGUUUAGGACUGCCAUGAAUCGACACAUCGAUCAGAAAAUUAAGAGGGACACAGACAAAUUCGGAAAGCGAAUGCAUGAUCUGAGCAAGGAAGGAAAUUUUAUUCAGUUGUUUUCAAAAAAGCAAUCAGUCCUUGCGAAAAAGUGUCAACACCAAACUCCAGAGGAAAUAGCGAGCGAUACAAUGAAUUAUAUUGUAUGGGCCUUAGAAUAUACCAAUCCCUCAUGUGGAACUCUCUCAAAUAUGCAACUCUCUGACGAAAAGACUCUCAACAUUAUCAAUUCAUUAUUGGAAGAAAGCGAAAGAAGAGUGAAAUCAUCUAAUAAGGAUGUUGCCAAACAUAAGGAUGAGAUUGACAAUAUCUGGAGGCAUAUAAAAAAGACCUUGUCAGCCCUAGUGGAAAAUAAUCAUGAAGAUAGUGUGAGUUAUAUUAACAACAUUCUUAAUAGUGAGGAAUAUCAAGAUCUUAUUGAACGACAAGAAUUUGUCUCUCAAAAGGAGGGCAUUGACAUUGAUUUUAUUGCUCCAAACAACACCCAAGAUCUUUACAAAGAGACACUACAUGUCUUGCAAAAGCUUGAAGACAAAUUCGAAAAAGACUUUGAUACCAUUAAUUUGUACAGUAACUGGUUAGCAAUUGGUGGAACCUUUUUGAAUACCUUAAUUGAGUGUGAAGACAUCAAUUAUCAUGCAUUAUUAUAUUUAAUUCAUGAAUUGCUUCAUUUAUUACACACCACUCGAAAUUUACUAUUCCUUUUUGAUUCAUCCGAGAGAGAAACGAUUGUUUAUAAACUUUCGCUGCAUGGGUGUGCCUCCAAGUUAUCCCAAUUUAUUUCAUCCGCUGAGGAAGUUAAACGAGAAAUGGAAGAACGAGUGCAACAGUAUGAGAAUUUGCGACGAUGCACGGAUGCUGCUUUAAUCAUUCAAAGAUUUUAUCGUCGAUACAAAAAGAGGAAACAUGAAGCAAUGUUAAUGAAACAAAAGCAAGAAAGUGAAGCAGUCCUUCUCAAACAGAAACAAGAGCUUGCUGAACUAUCCAGACAUCAACUCUUGAAGAUUCAAGAAUUGCAAAUGUCAGAGUUGAAUUUCAAGGCAGAGAUUGAAAAACAGACUGCGAAGACUGGUCGCAUGCUACUCAAACAAAGCUUGCUCGAGCUGGACAACAUUUUCAACGUGUUGAAAGAAUAUUUUCUGUAUGGUGAAGACGACGAUGCCCCAUUGUCUCCAUCGUCUUCCAGGCCCAGCACUCCCACCUCCUCCCCUCUUCAUGAACGCUCGCGAGCAUUGAGCACCUCACCACCCAAUCCACUCAAAGAAAAUUAUGGCGGAAGAGGUCGUUUGUCGAGUGGACAGUCCAGAGCAUUCAGUAAUGCUUUUACCGACAAGGAUCUGGAGGAAUUGCACAGCUCUCUGUCGCCGAGAGACUCCUCCAGCAAGGUUUCGCCCACUGCUCGAAGAGUUUUGAUAAAAUCUCUUCCUCAGGGAAUCACCAAGAAGUGA